ACUCCGUUAUUCGUUGCCGCUGCAUGCGGUCAUGCUACCGUGGCAAAGUUACUACUGGACUUUGGUGCAUCGACAAACGUAGUCAAGAAUGAUGGUGUAACUCCACUCACGAUUGCGUCGAUGAACGGUCAUGACGACGUUGUUACCAUUCUGCUAGAAGGAGGAGCGAGCCUCAAUCCC